AUGCAACACGGGCAACAAUAUGGCAAGGCCCUUCCGGACCAGGUGGACCGUAUUGCCAACUUGUUUGAUGCCCAUCUCGGUCUAGUUAGCGAUGUUCGAGAAAUACACCGAGAGCAGGCUGCAAUCGAACGAGAGUACGCGGCAAAGCUCCAGGCACUGGCUAGAAGAGCCGCAGAGAAGAGGAGCAGGACUGAAGCCUCCUUCGUUCUCGGCGAUGAGCCCACGAAGGCUUGGGACGAGAAUACUCUGAAACGCAGCACCCUCGACUCGGCAUAUGGGGCGAUCGUGAAUUCCCUUGUGAAUACGGCUCAAGACCAUAUCAAUGUAGCAGAUACGCUCACUACUCAGGUGGUCGACGUUCUCAAGGCUAUUGAGAAGAAGAACGAGGACUUGAAGAAGAAGGAGCUGCAGUUCUUCCAGAAACUUUUGUCGAAUAGAGAUCGAAUCUAUUCCGACCGCGUCAAGUACGAUGAUGAGUGUUCCGAGGUCGAGUCGCAUAGACUUAAACAGUCUCGUGCACAAGAUGACAGACAUGCUGAGCGCGCCGCCAGGCAAGCCGAACAGCAGAAGAACGACAUGUUGAACAGCAAGAAUGUUUAUAUCAUUUCUACGACGCUUGCGAAUAGAGCGAAAGCUAAAUUUUACGACGAGGACUUGCCUGGCUUGGAAGACCAAUUGCAGGAGCUCCAAAGCCGACUCACCAUUGCCUUCGUACAAGUAUUGCAACACUCUCAAGGUCUCCAACAGCGUCACUUGGACGUUCUUAAGAGUCGUUUGGCGGCUGUCGAAUCUGCGUUGGGAAGCGUCGACCCUGCUCAAGAUGAGGAUCUCUUCAUCGAGCAUAACAUUCGGGCCUUCGCUCUACCAGGCGAUUGGGUCUUUGAACCCUGCUCCAUACGAUACGAUACGCCAGAUAUGAGUGUGGAGCCGGGCCCGAAAGUCUUUCUGCAAAAUAAGCUAGCUAAAUGUAGGACGAAAUUGCAAGAGCUAGAUCCUCUUGUAGACAGCAAGCGCAAGGACUACGAUCAGCUCACGAAAAUCGUAGCUGCGCGGGACGCCGACCGCGCCCUUGGCACUACUGACGAGAUAAUCAAUGAUUACUUUGACGCGAGGCAACAACUAACCGUGUUCUCUACGUCGCAAUGCAUUUUACGUGCCGAAGCAGACACAAUUGUUUCCGCUCUAGGAGGAGACGAAGGAGGCCGGAUGCCUCACACCUUCAAGAGUUCUUCGUUUUCUAUUCCUACGCAGUGCGGAUAUUGCAAGUCUUCAAUAUGGGGACUAAGUAAGCAAGGGAAGACCUGCAAGUUGUGUGGGCUCUCAGUACAUAAUAAAUGUGAACUCAAGAUCCCCGCAAAUUGUCAGGAAUCGGAUGGCCCAACGUUUUCGCCUACAUCGACUAGGUCAUCGGUACCAUCUAGAGAGUCAUCACUCAUGGCCCCAUCAUCGAAUCCUUCGGCAUCUUCGUUCGUGCGGGAGACGAAAGAAGACGCCGCAGAGGAAGCUUACCCCCAAGCUCGUGUUCAGUUCGAUUUCGUCGCUACAUCUGAAUUCGAGCUUGGCGUUACCGAUGGACUCCUUGUUCAUGUAUUAGAGCCGGAUGAUGGUUCCGGUUGGGUGAAGGUGGCGAACGCUAACGGUCAGAGCGGUCUUGUGCCAGCUUCUUAUAUAGAAGCGAUAAGCGACGAGCCUCAGCCACCUCCUGUUACACUACCAGCCCGGAGCAGUCCAAAGAAAUACGUUCGCGCUAUCUAUGCAUAUGUGGCCCAAGGAGCUGACGAAAUCAGCAUCAAGGAAGGAGAACAGAUCGAAUUGACAAGCGGCCCAGCGGGCGGGCAGUUCUAUGGCGAUGGCUGGUGGGAAGGGCUGGAUGGCCAAGGUCGAAAGGGUAUAUUCCCCAGUAACUACGUGCAAUUGGUUUAA